CGUGGCUGAGGCGGCUCCGUAUUAUGUCCUGGGGAGAAAUCUUCGUUGUCGACCGCUGCCGCUGGAACAUUCCUGCGGCGCUCGCGCCGGGCGCCUGAGGAAAUUGCGCACCCUCGCUCGCUUUCUCGCACUCGCCACGGUGUCGACGCAGACUCAGAGCCAAGCGGACGCCAAUGCUGCUGACGCGAAACAAGACGACUAGCGCAUUAGGCGACCUGGCGCCGGGCGAAGCGAUCAGAGCAAACGAGCUCCCUCCGACGCGUUUACGAAGGACGGACAGAGGGCGGAGUGUAACCAUCCCCAUCCCUCCCUCUCUCCCUACCCCUCCUCUCUCCUCCGCGCACUCGCCCACAUCCAUACCCGGCCGGGAGUCGACGUCCCCCCAAUUUGUGAACACGCUCGGGACUAAUAGCGCGCUACAAUUUGGGGCGAUUACGCCUAUCAACGUCUACAUUACUUUACUGUGACAGUACAUAUAGCUCGUGUAGCACCUUCAGCAUAAACACUCUGCCCAGAUCUCCA